GCUUCUUCUGCCAGACUGCCUCGCUCUCAACCUCCGUCCCGUUCCAUCACCUCCCCACCCCCUUCAUCAAGCUAUCAACCUCGUGUACCAGCCGCCUUAGCCCCCCUCCAUCCUCAGGCCGUUGGCCGUUUGCCUUUCUGCCUUCGCCUUCGUCUUUGCGUCUGCCUCCAAGACUUACGUUAUUACGACACGGUGCGGUACGCGCGGACACUAGGCCACCACCAAGAGAUCAAGACCAGCCUACGUCGCAUCACAAAUCGAACAGGUGGUCUCCCAAUAGCCCACCUUCUUGUGCACAUUUAAUCGUAUGCAUCUUCCGACCCUCCCCCUCCAUCAUUGACCAUGACCCUGUAUAUCACCCAAGCUGACCAUCUUGGCUGUGGAGAAGCAGCUCGACAACCGUCUUCCUGACGCUCAUCUGCCGCGCUAUACCAGUCAUCUACUCCCGUGCUCUCCCAGCACCUUCGACGGAGGCCACCCCGAAAUCGCUCUCCGCCCAAUAGCAACCUUUCCGCAACCCGACUCCGAGCGGGCUGCCCCCGAUACUGUCAAGGGCCACCUGUCACUUGACCACAUACUGCUCGACGCACAGAGAGGACGCUCCCGCUCUUGCGUGCAUCUUUUGCUACUUAUCUGGUUUCCGCGGGAGUAACGACACCUGCGUCUAGCACGUCAUAGUUGCAUCUCUCGGCUCCCAUAUCCCACCGUUACGAUGGCGUCCGCUUCUUUCAGAGACUCGAUGAACUCCCUGGGUUGGUCAAGACGGGACCAGGACGUGCCCGUCAAUACGGCGCAACAGUCCGGCCUCAUGUCUUCGAUCAAGUCUCUCAACCCCUUUGGAAACAACAGCUAUAUCCAGCUCCCAACAACCGAGGGCGCCGGCGCGCCCCUGCCUGCUGCCAACAGGAGGGAAGAAGAGGAGGGCUUCGCAACGCUGAGUCGAUGGGAUCGUUUGCUCAUUUUUGGUGCCUGUAACCUGGGCGCCCUCGCCUGCUUCGUCAUCUGCUUCGCCUUGUUCCCGGUAGUAGCGGUGCGGCCGCGCAAGUUUGUGAUUCUAUGGACACUUGGCUCCCUCCUGUUCCUGGCGUCCUUCGCGGCCGUCAUGGGCCCGAUGGCGUACGUGAAACACCUUGUCUCCGGCCAGCGUUUGCCUUUCACUGCUGCCUACUUUGGAUCGCUUGGGCUUUCCAUGUACUUCUCUCUCGGUCUUCACAGCACCAUUUUGACCUUGAUCUCGGCUGUCAUCCAACUGGCUUGCCUUGUUUGGUACCUAGUCAGCUACUUCCCCAUGGGCUCGAGUGGACUGCGCCUGGCCACCACGUUUGGCGCCAGAAGGGCUGCUGCCUGGAUGACGGGCUGAGCUUGGAGCUCUCAUGUACACCUUGUAAGAUGAAGACGAAAAAUGAUUAUGGAUGAUUGUACCACGGUAGCUAGUCGGCAUUGUUCUGCUGUUUGCAUAUAGAGUGGGCAAAUAAGAGUAUCGAAAUAAGGCAGAUGUCGAAAUGUAGUUCACGUAAACGUACCACAUAGUCCGGGCGUUCGCCUGCACUCGUAGCCGCACCCACUCGCCAUUAAUAAGAGAGGCCAUGACUUUGACCUGAAUCGGUCUCUCAGACCUGGUAUGAUAUUCUAGGUAUGCUCCGGGCACGAUCAUCUAAUCUUGUUCUCCAUCUGGGAUCUUGAGUCCCAUCUACAGCCUUUCCCCCGGCUUACGUCGCCAACUCCUCUAUAAUCACAGGACAUCAACCCUUCCAGUGAGGAGUCCUCACACUCUUGAAGAAACCCGGCAUCGUUUGAUCACAUACGCAAGUUCAACUAGGGGCAUCGUGUUCCUUCGGGGGCUAGAUUCCCUCUUCGGCUUGAAACUUCGUUUUUUUCGCCCGAUAGAUUUUUGUCUCGGUCAAGAUAUUCGAGGUUAUGAAUCAUCUCGAUCAUUCGUCGUGAUCAUUAUAAUGGUAAACAGUGGCGCAUUCAUUCUACAGUCUACUCACGAAAGCCUUUGUUUUUCUCUGCCGGGUGCUUCAUGAACGAUGGCCAUCGAGUGACUAUCUCUCCACAUCGGAAAGACGCAUAGUCUUGUUCUAGCUUGAGUUGACCAUCAAGUCUGAACGUGAAGAUUGGCCACUUGCUGGCUAUACACGCCCACCUCGCAUGGUAGCAGUCUCGGUGGAACGUCGUGGGACUAAGUCAGGAGUGAGCUUCACUUGCAAAUCUUGACUCUCGACUUGAAAGACCAGGAACUAUGUAGCAUUUUAGAAAGAUCGCAAAAUUCCGGGCAUACAAAAUACCGG